UGUUGAAAUAGUGGCUUUUGGGUAAUUGCAUGCAUGUGAGAGAGAGACCGAGAGAGCAACGGAGGGAGAGAGAAAAACGGAGGGAGAGAGAGAGAUAGAAAAAAGGAGUGAGAGAUUUGGGUGGGGUGUGGACUCGAGGAAAAGAGGGAGGGAAGUGGGUGGAGGUGUGGUUGUGAGUGUUUGUGCGUGCCUUGGCGGCGAGGGCUGAGUCUGACAUUUGGAACAUAGAGAGCAGAAGGAGUUGGGCUUCAACAGAAAGGCUACCAUCAAAAAUCAUCAUGUUGGUUCUUCUAGCCGGAAUCUUUCUCCUUCACCUCACCAGCAUCAUCCUCCUCCUAGUGGCAACUAUCGACAAUGCCUGGUGGAUGACAAAAAUCGUGUCCACUGAUGUGUGGGCCAGGUGGAUACUGACCAAUGGAACCUGGAGCUCCAACGAUCUCCCCAGCUACUACCAUCAAGAAUACCUCCAGGCAGUGCAGGCUAGCUCCAUUCUGGCCUGCAUAUUCUCUUCCCUUGGCCUGUUUGUGUUUGUGGGACAGCUCUUCACUCUGUCAAAGGGACAGAGAUUCACCUUCUCUGGCAUCUUCCAGCUCCUAGCCUGCCUGUGCAUCAUGAUCGCUGCUUCCAUCUACACAGACAUCUUUCACAAGAAUGAAUCGGAUGGUUGGUAUGGCCACUCCUUCAUUCUGGCCUGGAUCUCCUUUGCAUUCACCUUCAUCUCCAGUAUAAUCUACUUUGUCCUGCGAAAGAAGACAGCAAACUAGAAGCAGAAGACUAGCCCAAACCCAAGGGACAGGCUCAAUAUCUUACGAUCUGAUCGUUUUUUGUACAAUUAGGUAUGGAUAUGAGUGUGGAAUACAAAAGGGGAGAGUUGUUAUCCACAGAUUUUCAUCCAUGUAUCUCUUUUGGUUCCCACUGAAGUGUCUAAACAUAUGGAUUUACAUUUUACAUUUUAGUCAUUUAGCAGACGCUCUUAUCCAGAGCGACUUACAGUAGUGAAUGCAUACAUUUCAUACAUUUCUCUCCGUACUGGUCCCCCGUGGGAAUCGAACCCACAACCCUGGCGUUGCAAACACCAUGCUCUACCAACUGAGCCACACGGGCCUGCCAACAUAGUUAUAACCUACCUGUCCUCCCCACAUAGUUAUAACCUACCUGUCCUGCCCACAUAGUUAUAACCUACCUGUCCUGCCCACAUAGUGAGGUGGCAGGUAGCCUAGUGGUUAGAGCAUUGGGCCAGUAACCCAAAGGUUGCUAGAUCAAAUCCCCGAGCUGACAAGGUAAAAAUAUGUCGUUCUACCCCUGAACAAGGCAGUUAACCCACUGUUCCUAGGCCGUCAUUGAAAAUAAGAAUUUGUUCUUAACUGACUUGCCUAGUUAAAUAAAGGUUAAAAAAAUGAUAUAGUAAUAACUUACCUGUCCUGCCCACAUAGUUAUAACCUACCUGUCCUGCCCACAUAGUUAUAACCUACCUGUCCUGCCCACAUAGUUAUAACCUACCUGUCCUGCCCACAUAUUACCAAGUCCUUGUUUAGUUUUCAUGGACUCUUAAUAUAAAGUGGGACAACAUUUUCAAAGAUAAUGAAACUUUCACAGACCUCAUAUUUGUUGGAGAAGGUAUAGGGGAGUCAGAGAGUAUAGAGCGACAGUAUCUCAUUAUUUCAGAAUCAUAGUCCUGAACUAUUCUUGCUUUCAUUUGAUUUAUUUCUCAAUUAGGCUCAUAAUAAAACAAUGCCAAAACACUCAAAACCAAAUAGAAGAAUGAAUUGACUAGAGUGCCGCAAACAGAAUCCAAUUUCGGAAACUGUCAACGAUCAUUACCCCGUUUGACUUACAGCCCUACUAUAGUGUGCUGAAUAAGACAAAGAAUAUAAUGUAUUUGCCAAUGUCCAUAAAUGGAAUGGAUUAUUAUUUCUAACCUCACUGCUAACUGGACCCCUCCCCUUUUUAGUUAUGUAAUUAUUUUUGCCAAUUAUUUUAUGCUUUGUACCAUUAGUCUUAUUGUGUAGGUUAACUUCCGUUUGUCUGAAUCAACCUACCCCCAGACACACCCAUGGACUGACAGACGGAUAGAUCUUGAGUGCCUUGAAAUCUGACAGAGCAUGUUUGCUCGCUGCACAUUGAGAUAUGUGUAAAUAUGAACAUGUUUGGCUUCACAUUAUGCUUUGUAUGUCUAAUGCAAUUUUAUUUUUGUUACUAUUUCUUAUCAGUAUGAUAAUGAUAAUAAUUUGUAUUAAAACCUGAUUUAAAUCAAA